AAUCUCCAUCUCAUCUUCACCUAUCAUCACCCAACGAAGUCACAAUGUACCAAGAAGCAGCACUCCUCGUAGCUCUCCUCUUCGUUUCUUCGAAUGUCGUCGUAUCAGCCCCAAUCCGCGAUGGUUUAUUACCAAACGGUAACUUCGAGUUGGGUCCUAAACCCUCCCAAUUGAAAGGAUCCGUGAUUAAGGAACGAACUGCCGUACCAAACUGGGACAUAACCGGUUUUGUGGAGUACAUCAAAUCCGGUCAAAAACAAGACGACAUGGUCUUGGUCGUACCGCAGGGUUCCUCCGCCGUUCGCUUAGGCAACGAAGCCUCAAUCUCCCAGAAAAUCUCCGUCUUACCCGGCCGCCUGUACUCAAUCACGUUCAGCGCCGCUAGAACUUGUGCUCAAGACGAGAAACUCAAUAUCUCCGUGACACACGAGUCAGGUGUGAUCCCUAUCCAGACAAUGUACGGCAGCGAUGGUUGGGACUCAUACUCAUGGGCUUUUAAAGCUGGUGGCCCAGAAAUCGAGAUCCGGUUCCAUAACCCGGGUGUUGAGGAGCACCCGGCCUGUGGACCAUUGAUCGACGCCGUGGCUAUCAAGGCUUUGUUCCCUCCCAGAUUCUCCGGAUAUAAUCUGAUAAAGAAUGGGAACUUCGAAGAAGGACCUUACGUGUUUCCCACGGCAAAAUGGGGAGUACUGAUCCCACCGUUCAUCGAGGACGAUAACAGCCCAUUGCCCGGUUGGAUCAUUGAGUCUCUCAAGGCCGUUAAGUACGUAGACAAAGCACACUUCGCUGUCCCCGAAGGACUCCGAGCCAUCGAGCUUGUUGGAGGCAAAGAGAGCGCCAUUUCUCAGAUUGUAAGGACGUCACUGAACAAAUUCUACGCCCUCACGUUCAGCGUCGGAGACGCCAGAGACGGUUGUGAAGGGCCAAUGAUAGUGGAGGCGUUCGCUGGACAAGGCAAGAUCAUGGUGGAUUACGCGUCUAAAGGGAAAGGAGGGUUUAGACGUGGGAGGCUUGUGUUCAAGGCGGUGUCGGCCAGGACACGUGUCACUUUCUUGAGCACAUUUUACCAUAUGAAGAGUGAUCACUCUGGCUCGCUAUGUGGUCCGGUGAUCGAUGACGUCAGGCUGGUGGCGGUUCGGAAACUCCGAGGAUGAAAGUUGGGGUCUUUGACUCAUUCCAUUGAAUACUACAAUGGUUAAUUGUAAUUUAUGUUUCGAGGAUUUAUUUACAUAAGAAAAAUGUAAUUUUAAC